AUGUCCCAUGGAAGACUUAUUUUUGUUCCAGUGAAGCUUGUUCAGGCCUUGGAUGAAAAGAAAGAUAAAAAGGAUGGAGACAAAGAUGGUGACGUUUUUCAAAGGCUGGAGCACUGCUGCCAUGGAGAGAGGCUGGAAGAACUGGGGUACUUCAGCCUGGAGAAGUCUCCAGGGAGAGGAACAGGAAUUGGCCAAUCUGCAAAUGCCAGGUUGUCUUAUGAGGAUGUUGAUCAAGAGGGACUAAAAAGAGAAUUGGUUUUCUCAGGUUAUUCCAAGUUGAUGGUCUUCAAAAAAUGUGUAAAUUUUCAAAAGAUUUAUUGUUAUUGCAAUGAAAUUUCCAGAAUUGAAAAUCUGGAAGCUCUAAAAAAGUUCAACCUCUUUUGGCUCUUAUAUAUCAAAUCAUCUCCUAUUAAAAAUUAUUUUCCCCCCAUGCUAACCUUUGAAUUGGAAGCUGGUCCAGAACCAGCAAGAGCUCUGCGAUCAAAAAUUUGGCAGAUAAAGGGAGAAGAAAUGUGUUUUAGAGAAUCUAAUAUUUUUUCUUGGUCUAUCUUCAUCUGUAACAAAAAAAAACUGGAAUGUGAAUUGAGCAAGAUGCAAAUGUUGGAUGAAACAUGAAAUAAUAAAUCUCUAAGGAGCAAUAAUCUAGAAACUGAAAAUUCAGUUCAUGUUUACAAAAAAUCAAAAUUAUGUCAAUUGUCCAUUGUUGUUGUUGUUGCUGUUGUUGCUGUUGUUCCAAGCAGGAUUUUAAAGUAUUUCAAAGUGGAAAUGAAAAAAAAUUUUAUUUGGGUAGUACAAUUCUCGCUGGUAUAAUUGGAAACAGUGGGAAAAAUUCACUUUGAAGAAGACUUAUUGAAUAAUCAAUGGUGGUUGAGUUCAUGUUGAAUAAUUCAAUCAUUAUUCUCUACCAGAGACUUCAGAGUAAGCAGCAUCAUGGGAAUGAAAAUAAGAUGCAUAUUUAGAGUGCCCAAUCAAAUUCUGAGGCUGAAAUUUAAGAAGUUUCAAGUAUUUCUGUAAAAAGAAGUUUUCAGUGUAGCAGAAAGUCUAAGCUUAUGUGAAUGUCCCAAAACAGAAUUUCUAAAACAAGAUGCUAAGGCAGAAGGCAAAACCAGCAGGGAUCCUGAGAAGUCCUUCAAGCAUGGGGAGUCAAAUUCUGUGACUCUGUCACUGCAGUGGCUUAGGAUUGGGAAAGUGAUAAUUGCAAAAGUUUUCCUUGGCCACAGCUCUCCAGCUUGUGCAAUGCAUCAAAACUAUCAAGCCAACUACCCAGGAGCUGAUUCAGUAUUCAGGCCAUGGAAAUGCCAAGAAAGUGAUGCAUCUAUUUCUGGCAGUGCUGACAGAGUGGAUGUGAGAGGGGCCACGCUGCUAUUUAGCCGUGGCUCCACACUAACAGCAGGUUCACACCCACCCUCCAUCCACUGGGACUGGGGGAAUUGGGACUGCAGCCAUGUGCAUUGUGAGAGGUUUGUGCUUGACCAAGAGCUGGUCCUGCCAGAAUACACUGCUGGAUUUUAGUGUCUUACACUGCUCAAAAACCAGCAUCUGUUUUCUAUGUUCAAUAUAAUUGUGGAAGAAGAAAAGAAAAACACAGAAAGAUUCAUUCUGUCUCAUGAUUUGUAAUGUGAUGAUGGUGUUUUGAACAUGGAACUGACAGUAAAGGUCAGGCCUCAGACUGCUGAAAUGAAAAAAGCCCACAAUAUUUACAGUUUUGAUGUGAAUCAUAACCAUGUGAUCACUUUUGAGGGCAACAGUGGCUUGAACAAAAUGCACUUCCUCAACCUCAGCUGGAACCAGCUAAAAAGACCCAGGGAAGAGACAAACAUUUUACAAAAACACAUUACUAACAUAGCCAGUCUUGACAUCACACACAGCCCGUGGCACAAGCCAGCCACAUUUCAGCUGAGUGUCACUGGGCAGUUAAAGGCUCUCAGUGACCUGAAUCAAGCCCUGAUUGAAAGUGACCUAGCAAAAAGCCACAAGACUCAGCGGAGGAAGAUCCAAGGUCAUCCUAACCUAACUGUGGAGGUGGUGUUUGCAGAUCAGUUUGGAAAUGUCUGCUGUGUGAAUUUAUAGAACAAUGAUCUCAUGUCCUUCAUGUUUAAUCUUCCUCCCGAGGCUGAAACUUCCGGGACCUGUCAGGAUUCAUUUACUCAUUUCUGUAUUUAUAAGGCAACAUCCAUCGUCAAAUUCAGCUUCAUCAACUCAGACAAGUCUCACAAAGUCACCACGCAGAAUUCCCUCUAUACAUUGGUCAGACAGAACAUAAAGGAAGCUUUUAUAAGCAGAGGAGUGGAACAGCGCAUGUUGAUUUGUUUAGUCCUGCUGUCAUUCAACUGUUUUGCAAACUCACCAGGGGGCUCUGGAUUUCCUGGAAUGCCAGCAAGCUUUACAAGACAUAAUCCUCUCAGAACAACAAAUGGGAACCUGAAUGAAAACAUUCACCAUUUAUUUGGCUCUGAUCUUAUACUUGGUCAUGAACAUCAAGAGAGUCUCCUCAAUAAUCAAAUGAAAGCAAACAUAAAUAAGCCUAAAAACCCGGGAAUUACAACAAAUAAUCUUUGAAGCAUCCAUGUGGAAAGAGUUCUUGGACAAGCCAAAGGAGCAGCAACUAAUCUUCUAAACCAUUUGGUGCAUCACAGUGCUGCAGCUCGAACCAGCCAACUGCACCAGGGCCACACAGAGAAUCCAGGCAGGUGA